AAGAAUAAACUGUACCAGAUCCAAGGAAGUCUGGGAAGACUACGUUUCCAGGACUGGAAAAGCUAUGACAGACACCAACAAGAUGAUCAUCAAUUUGGCUAUCUUUGGCACGACGCAGAGUGGAAAAAGUUCUGCUGGGAAUAUUCUUUUGGGAAGUGAUGACUUCUACAGCAGUCUCUCUCCAGGUUCUGUAACUACAGAGUGCAGCCUGGGCCGCAGUUGUCACCUCCGAAGCUUCAUGCGUCGAGGGGGACAAGAAAUAACUCUACAGAUACAGGUGUUGGACACUCCAGGGUAUCCUCACAGCAAGCUGAGCAUGAAACAUGUAACACAGGAAGUCAAGAAGGCCCUGACACAUCACUUUGGGCAAGAGGGCCUCCAUCUUGCUCUGCUGGUCCAGAGAGCUGAUGUGCCUUUCUUUGGACAGGAAGCGUCUAACCCAGUCCAGUUGAUCCAGGAACUUCUGGGAGAUUCCUGGAAGAAUCACACCGCUGUUCUUUUCAGCCACGCAGAAAAAAUAGAAGAGGCGAGGAUCAGUGAAGACGAGUAUUUGCGUGAGGCUCCUGAUGCGCUGCUAGCUCUGCUGCGCUCUGUUCAGCAGAGGUAUACUUUCCUGUACGAAAGAGGAAACUCACGCAAUGAACAGAGAAUCAAAAUCUUAGAAACAAUCAUGGAAUUUAUAAAAGAAAAUCAUUAUCAAGUUCUCAGUUUUACAUAAAACUUAAGCAAAAAGAAAAGUGUACUAGGUAUCUAUUAGGGUCAGGAAUCUAAUUUUAAAAUCUGCCUUUGUUCACAUGAAUAGUGGAGAUGAGAAUUCCCUGCAUGGCUGUAUAGCUACUUUGGAAAAUUGUAAAUAAAAAGUUAUGAUAAGGAUUCAAGAUUUCUAUUGCAAAUCUAUUUAUCCGACAGAAAGUGAACUUUUGUGUAUUAAGAAAGAUGCAUAUAUAAGAAUGCUCAUGCUGGCACCAUUCAUAAUAGUCAAAAACUGAAAACUAUCCACAUGUUCAUGAAUAGAUUGAUGUGUAAACUGUAGUAUAUUCACACAGUGAGGUGCUACAGUAAUGAAAGUGAGCAAAAUUAAUCAUCUCUAACAGUAGAGUCAACUACAAUGUCAAUAGAAAGAAGCCAGGCAUGAAGUGUGCUUUAAGACUUCAUUUAUACAAAGGUCGGAAACAGUCUAAAUGAAUGCUACCUAACCACUCUGGAGGUAUAAGUUCUGGAGAUCAGGAGAGCAGAAGGAUGCUGUGGGGUAGCUUCAGAGAUUUUAAUAAUGCUAUUCCCUGGUUUGGAUGCUGUUUCAUAGGGCAUGUACCUUGUGAAAAUGAAGCAAAAUUUCUUGUAGUUUAUAAGCUCCUCACUAUAUUUGAAUACAAACCAAAAUGAAUAAAUUUUUCUCAUUUUUAAGAAAUUAAUCUCAUUACUUACUUGAUACAAGAGACAGAAAAUUGUAUGACCUUGCCAGGGUAUGUUUCCUUUCUUGGAAUACAUACUCCAUAGCUACUGCAAUGAUUACAUGAAUUGGCAUGUAACAGAGACUCAGUGCUAGGUUUCCUCUCUGCUUUAGGGAGACCUCCUGGCUCUGUUUAGGGUUAGAAAUAUUAAGGAAAACUCAGAGCAAGCUCUUUAGCAAAUCCCUAUACUAGCUGCCCUAGCUGACUAUAAGUGCAGUCUUGACUGAGGAAGGAGGGGCCUCUCCAGUCAUUUGUUUGCUUUGCUAUCAAGUAUCAAGGUGGUUUGGCCAUGUAAGAGUGAUCUUCAGGGUGGUUUGAAUACACCAGUGAUAACGAAAGAACAGAAAUUCUAGCUAUCAAGAGACAAGUCUAUCUCCAAGGCAGAAUCAUAUCACCUUCACAUGAUCAGAUAACAAUCUUCCCAGAGUGCCACUAAUUUAUAAACUGUUUUCAACAAGUUAAAUUACAUUUUUAUUUUUCUUACUGUGGUAGCCUGUAGUAAUUUCCAUUCGAGACAGGAUUAUAACUGAUGGGUUUUCUCCAAAAGCAGUUCUCAAAAGGCUACUUUUAUGCCCACUAUUAUUUGAACUCUAGCACAGAUGGUGAUUAUUAAAUAAACCAUCAACUUCCUACUUGUUAGGUAGACAGCUAAAGAGUGUCAGAGAUUGAGCCUUAAUUAUCCCCCAUUAUUUUAUUAUAUCUUUGCCAUUAUUACAAGGCACUAGAAUGGUUCAAUGAUAAUGGGUGCUUAAUUGAUACAUAACAUUUGUACAUCUUUAUAGCGUAUUGUGGGAAUUCAAUACAUGUUAUAUACUAUGUAAUGAUAAAAUCAGGAUAAUAAGCAUUUGAUCUUUUAAAUUAUCAGUCAUUUUUAAUGGUUGGGAAUUUUGUACUUCUCUAGUCAAUUUUAAAUAUAUCAUAGACAAACUAGGCAUGUAACCUAGUAGUGUAGUGCUUGCCUAGCUUGCGAAGGCCC